GUUAUUACAGUGUUUUGUUUUACUUUUUUGGUCUCAUCAUUAGUACCAUCGCUUUUAUUGUGAUAUUUUUACAGAUUUCUUUUAUAGUUUUUGGGGGAGUUUCUUGCAGUAUUUUUCCACUGUUAUACAUCAUUGUGUGACAUGUGCAGUUCAUUACCUCACCUGAGCAGAUAAAUGGUUAAUCAGCUCACAGGGAGAUUAACUCUGUUUAUGUCAGCUAAAGGUCAAAGACAGCGACCAUGACGCAGAGAGGAACCCGGGGGGUCCAGAGAUGGAGACAGGUCCAUGUCCUUUAAAGGACACUGUAGACAUCGUGAAGCAAUACGAACACAAACAUACCCCGCACUAGCUGACUGCAGACACUGUAAAUGGACUGGACUCUGUGUCGAAUCUUCCGCCUUUUUAAAUGUACAUUGGUCAGUGUGUGGUGUAACCAAAACCUGAAAACCUGCACACCAGUACCUUUGCCACCGACUGAUUGUAACUAAUGUUUAUUGUGUUGGACCAGUAUUACCAGCUACUGAAGAACAGGAGGGUCAGCUGACGGUCGAGAACUGGGGAAGAUGAGGAUCCACUCAGAGGUUAGAGAUUAAAGCAAAGCUGAGGAAGCGAUUUAAACUCUGAUCCUUUUAAUGCAGCACGCAAUGCUUUUACCCAGUGGGAGGGUAACGAGAUAGCCUGAGAAUACAGGUGAUUCUAACUCUGUUCCAAAGUACAGUGACUCAGUCUCAGCAUGAUUAGAGAAACAGAAAAAAUGGAGACUUCAUACAAGAGUGUAAAAACAAACAUCAAUGAGAGACAAUAAAGGAGUUCAACAUGACUGAAAUAUGCUAAAGUGGAGAGAACAAGUUCAGAACCAGUUCUGAUAUGAAGACCUGAUAAUGAGUUUUGGUAAAAACAGAAGUUUCUGUUUUACACGUUUGUGGCGGGGCGUGGUUGGUGGCACGGCUGCGGCGAGGCGGACACACCUGAGCGGCAUCCGCAAUCACGCCUCACCUGCAUAAAAGGAAGAACUGGGUCGGGUCUGAGGGUUGUUGUUGCUGGUGACGUGGUCGGCUGCGAGCUGAAAAGUUGCAGCUGUGUGUGUAAAGCACAGCAACCACAAAUAAAAGUGUAUGCUGGAAAGCAUGGAGACGUGGUCAGGUCUGCUGUGGAUUUCUUCCAACGUUAUAUGUUGGAUUCAUGAGGUUUGAGGCACGGCAAACCCAGUACCAGGCAAGCCAGGGAAGUUGAUGGCCCAAAGUGUAGCCGAGCUCGUGACCACCACCUCUUCAACAUCCUGGCCUCUGUAAAAAGGUUCAGAUCCAUCAGGUGCAAAGCCAACAGACUAAAGAACAGCUUCUUCCCGUGGGCUGUUACUCUUAAUGCAAGAGUGUGAGCAGACCUCUCCCAUACAGUCGUACAACCACUCUGUCGCUGCUAUUUAUUAUGUUGCUGCCAUUUUCUUUUUUCCUCUGGAAUAUUUCGGCAGAUGUGCAGAUGAUUCAUGUCCUUAACGACGAUAGCCCUUCCACCCUUAUUUAUUAUUUAUUAUAUUUUAUAAGGAUGCCCUUGUAAUGCUUGUUUUUCUUUUUCUUUUUUUGUAUAUUGUUUUCUUUACUUUCGGACCUUUGUGAUCUUGCUGCCUAACUUCACCGUGCAACUGCAACUGUUCUUUAUGCAGUUUAAGUUAAUUUCAUGUUUUUAAGCUACAAUAAAUAAGCUACUUUGUUUAAAAAAUCAGAUUGUAAUGUAUAGAUUGUUGGUUUUAAAACAAACAUUUGAAGGUUCUACAAAAUGUUUCCGGGGUGGAACCAAUGUUUAAUGUGUUGUUUAGAGUUGACGAUAUUUUAAAUUACACGCCACACUUGGUAGAGGGCAGCAUGUUUUCCUUUCUCAGUGGGUGGUAGAGAUUUGGAGAUGCAUGCAGUGAGGUUUUCCAGCUGUGGGUAAAGAGUGUACACUGCAAGAGUUUUCAUUACUCCCUUCAUGUUAAUGCAGACAUUGAGUUCCUUGUUCUCUCCAAAAUUUCGAUGAUGAUGAUGAUGAUGAUGAUGACAAGCUGUGUCCAGCAGGGGGAAACCUUUCCGCAGCUCUGCAGGUUAUUACUGAGUUCAUAAAAUCAUUAUGCACACAUGCUUUGAUGCUCACUGAAACAUUAAAUUAUGAUGAAGAGGAUUAAAUGUUUAAUAUGUGAUGAAAAUGAGGACAGCUAAAGAGGAAGAAGAUCAACAGGAGAGGAUGAGGAGAUGCUGAAGCACAGGAAGGAGGUUUUGGGGGAAAGUGUCUCCGGCUCGGACUCUUCGGAUCAUCAAGUGAUCCUCCCCCUCUCUGACAGGAGGAGGAGGAGGUGGAGGAGGGUGAGCUGCUGCUCUUCACUCAGAGAUGCAGCAGAAGUCAAAGAGAAUCCUCGCUGAUUUCUGCUGAGCAUGAAAUCUGUCUAUGGCGUUGAUUCAGUUUCUCAGAGUUUGACUAAAAAUAAUCGAAGAAAGUGGGUCACUGCUCAUUUGAUUUUCUUCACAUUCCUGACACGCUUCCAUUUUCACUGAAGCUGCAAAGGCAUUUUUAUCUGAGGAGGAAACUUGAGAAGCAACAGCGUUCUCGCACUCUUUGGCUGCUGACAUGAAACUUUGGAGCAUCUUGGCUGCGCUCGCAGGAGUCUGAAGGUUUCCGGCACGAACCGCGGCAACGCCUCCUCACGCAGAGAAAACAUGAAAUGUGGCAGCAGCCUCUGCACGCUGAACGUUGGCGGCCGCAGGUUCUCCUACACUGCAGAGCUGAUGAGACGUCUCCCCCUCAGCAGACUCAGUCGACUGCUUCGCUGCGUGUCGGAGAGCGAGCUUCUUGAGCUCUGCGAUGACUACGAUCGUGAUCGCAAUGAGUUCUUCUUUGACCGCCACUCUGAGGCCUUCAGUUUCAUCAUGCUGUACGUGCAGCACGGGAAACUGCGCUUUGUGCCACACAUGUGCGAGCUUUCCUUCUACAACGAGAUGCUGUACUGGGGCCUGGAGAGCUCCGAUCUGCAGCUGUGCUGCCAGCGUCUCCUGGACGACCGCAUGUCUGACGCCCUUGUGCACUUCUUCCCGGAGGAGGAGCUGCCACACGGCCCCGAGGUUACGCAGAAUCCUUGGCUGGAGAGGAUGAGGAGGACGUUUGAGGAGCCCACGUCCUCGUUGGCUGCGCAGCUACUUGCUUCGGUGUCAGUGCUGUUUGUAGUCAUCUCCAUGGUGAUGCUAUGUGCCAGCACCUUACCUGAUUGGACGGCGCUGGAACAGCAAAGCAUCAUCGAGGCGGUGUGCAUUGGUUGGUUCACGGCAGAGUGCAUUGUCCGUUUCCUAGUGUCUCGUGAUAAGUGGGACUUCAUCCAGCGGCCUCUGAACAUCAUUGACCUUCUGGCCAUCCUGCCAUACUACAUCUCUGUUGCCAUGACGAGCCUGACGGGCGAGAACUCGCAGCUGCAGCGAGCCGGAGUGACACUGCGUGUCCUUCGCAUGAUGCGGAUCUUCUGGGUUAUCAAGCUGGCGCGUCACUUCAUGGGCCUGCAGACACUUGGCCUGACGCUUCGCCGCUGCUAUCGUGAGAUGGUGAUGCUCCUGGUCUUCGUCUGUGUUGCCAUGGCGAUCUUCAGUGCACUGGCUCAGCUGCUAGAGCACGGCCUUGACCUGGAGGCUGGAAACCAUGACUACGCCAGUAUCCCCGCUGCCUGCUGGUGGGUCAUCAUAUCCAUGACCACAGUGGGAUACGGGGACAUGUACCCGAUGACGGUGGCGGGGCGCGUGCUCGGAGGCCUCUGCGUGGUGAGCGGCAUCGUCCUGCUGGCGCUGCCCAUCACCUUCAUCUAUCACAGCUUUGUCCAGUGCUACCACGAGCUGAAGAUGCGUUCAGCUCGCUGCGGCCGCAGUAUGUCGGGCGAAUUCGUCAACUGACCGUCAACCUGCUGCUGAGAAGGGGCGCUGCUAUCACCUCCAUCACGAUGAGAGGGAAACAAUCGAUCGGACCAAUCAAAAAGCAACUUGACCAGAAAGUGCAUGUCGAAGCAUCCCGAACAUCUGAGUUUCCCCCGACGCCUCCAUCGGAGUGAGAGUGUGUGAUUGGCUGAAUACAGGGUGUAGUGAAACAUAACCUAACCCUCCAUUUACUGUUUUCAAGUCCAAACAGGACUCAGGUGACUUUACUUUGAUAAUUUCUCAUCCUGAGCUCGGACUGAGCUCACAGACAAUGUCCUCAGACAGUCAGGUUCUGUCUUUGACCUUUGACCUUUGAGUUUGCUCAGAAGAGUCGGGGAAUAAUGCGCUCACACAGUGAAAUGGUGGUGAGAUCAACUCAGACCCUGCGAUGCCCCCUCAGGUUAGGCAUGAGAGGCAACCCGGCGGUCUGUGGCAUAAUUGAACCCCUCCUUUGUUUCCAUGGUGACCAUAGAGCCAGUCAGCUGAAGUGUUGGAAGCAUUUGGUUUGAAUGUCCGGAUAGAGAAGCGGGCGGAGUUUGAAGUAUCUGAAUAUUUCUUCUUCUGUGUGAAAUGCUGCAGGGUUUGAACCAAAGUACACUUACAGAGGCGACCCCUUUAACCUUUGACCUUUACUCCUGAAAUGUCAAACUCUCCAUUUAGGCAGCAGCUCAUGUGUUUAUGAACUCUGACCUCUGUCACCUGCUUUCAAUCAGAAAACCACAUCAGCUCAUUAAAGGUUAAAGCUGAAAACCUCA